AGUAAGCUGCGGGAGUAGGGACGCGACGGACGCUCCAGAUUGUUCCCGAAGUGUUUGGGAACUACGAUAGCUUACCGAUAGCGCUUCGUUUGAAUACGAGUGUGUUUAUUGACGAUUGAACGUUCUCCUUUUGGAUUUUCUCCCGAAAGUUUCCUGUGUUGCCAGUGUCAUUAUGGAAUUCGAUUUAACAAUUGGUAUAUUGCUCGAACCGGUCCAAGACAGCACAAAGUUAACUUUCUUGAUUGGAAAAUGUUACUAAGAUGACGUUCAAUGAACAUGGGCAUGAAUUUUUUCUCAAGCAUUGUGAAAUGUGGCAUACGCGUCCUUUUUAUAAUCAUCCAUAUUCCGAUACUGCACGGAGAAGAACAAUCUCAAUGCCCGAGCCUCACAGAAAAUCCUAUUUGUCCAUGUUAUCAUUUUAAAGAAGGUUUAUUUUUGGAAUGUCCUAGUGCCACACCUGAUGUUGUAAAAAAUGUGCUCACGAAGAUAAAGGGGACAAUUCAUUCUUUAUCGAUAUAUGAUUUAGACCAAUCAACAACAGAAUUGAAGUUCGAUUUUAUUCCUUCGCAUGUGAAAAUAAUCAAUUUACAAAUAACGCAAUCUGGUAUAAACAAAGUGAGCCCCAAGGCAUUUACAACGGUUCGCGAUUCACUAAGAUCAAUAAGCAUAAUUGCCAGUAAAUUAAACAGGAUACCACAUGAAGCUUUAUAUGAACUAUUCAAUAUUGAAUCACUCGACUUCCAACUCAAUGACAUCAAAGAUAUCGAAGCCAAUGCUUUUAAGGACCUAAAACUGAAAAAAGCUAAUUUAAGAGGAAAUAAGAUUGCAAAUAUAUCUGAACAUGCAUUUAACAAUCUAGAUGGGACACUGGUCGAGCUAGAUUUGACGGAAAAUUUUCUUGAAACUUUUCCUUUACAACCACUACAAAAUCUUUAUAAGCUUACAAAUCUUAAAUUGGCCUGGAAUAAGAUUAGUUCAAUACCCUAUUAUGUAAAUGAGACUAUACCAAAUUUAUCAAGCUUGGACUUGAGUUCAAAUGUCUUUACCAAAAUAGAUAAUAACUGGUUUAGGAGCAUGCCUAAUAUAAAAACAUUGAUAUUUUUUAGUAACGAAAUCCAGUAUAUUGCUGAAGAAGCAUUUUAUUCUUUAGAAAAUAUAGAAAUUUUAGAUUUGAGUAAAAAUAAAAUUGUGAAUAUAGAUAAAAAUACAUUUCAAAGAAAUGUUAAUAUUAGAUCGAUAGACCUAAGUCAUAACCAUUUACAUCAUAUAAAUGGAAUAUUUGCCAAUCUAAAGCAUCUUUCCGAGAUAUUUUUAUUAGAUAAUAACAUUCUUGAAAUUCCAGAUGAUGCAUUUUAUAAUACAAUUGGAUUAAAUGUUCUUAAUAUAGAACAAAAUGCCAUAAAAUUACUACGUCCAAGCAGUUUUGAUUCUUUACACAAUCUGACGCAACUUCAUAUGGGAACAAAUUUUUUGGAAAAACUUCCAAGUAAUAUUUUUCAAUUCAACCAGAAGCUUGAAAUAUUAAGUUUAGAUAAUAAUAAAAUAAAAGAAUUAGAUGAUUUAGUAUUUAAUAAGUUAGCGGCAUUAAGAGAAAUAAGAUUACAGAGUAAUAAAUUAACAUAUAUAAAAAGAAACGUAUUUAACCCACUGCCAGAACUUUUAGAAUUACAUUUACAAAAUAAUGCUAUACAAAAUAUUGAUUCUCAUGCUUUCAUAACACUUAGAAACCUUCAACAUAUUAAUUUACAGGAUAAUAGAUUAAAUACAAUAGGUGAUAUAUUUCCAAAUAGAAAUUCGUCAUUAGUUUCCAUGCAAUUAAGCUCAAAUAAUUUAUCGCUGUUAAAAAACAGCUCUCUUAGGGGGCAAAUAAAUGUACAGAUAAUGUGGCUAACACAAAAUAAUAUCAAAAUUCUAACCCCCAAUUUAUUUAGUGAUUUGAUAAAUAUACAGAGACUGUAUUUAAAAAAUAAUAGUAUAAUUCAUAUAGAAAACCGUACAUUUGAACAGCUUAAAAAAAUAAAAUUUUUAGAUUUAAGCAACAAUAAAUUAAGUGAGAUACACAAUGAAACAUUUUAUAAGCUCAUCACAUUGGAAGAGCUAUUAUUAAAAUUUAAUAAUAUAAAAACUGUAGCUAAAGAGUCAUUCCAAUAUUUAAUUAAAUUAAAAAUUCUUGAUUUAUCGGAAAACGAGAUCGUUAAAUUUGAUUUUAAUAUCUCAACACUACCAAUUAAGCAUAUACGCUUAAAUAAAAAUCUUAUUACAACGAUUAAAGCAGAUUCCUUACGAACUUUACCUAAUUUAAAUGACUUGGAAUUAAAAAUGAAUUAUUUAACAUGGGAAGAUAUCAUUCAAGUAUAUAUUCCUGGUUUAAAAUCCCUUGUGUUGUCGAAAAAUAAUUUUACACAUCUAGAUAAUAAAACGUUUUCUCAUUUACUUUCUCUACAAUCUCUUACAUUGGAAAUGUCAAACAUAUCGCAUUUACCUCCAUCAACGUUUAUUAAAAAUCAAAACUUACUUAGAGUCAAUCUUGCUCAUAAUAAUCUCAAAGACUUGCACAAGGAUGUAUUUGCUUAUACCACAAUUUUGCAAGAACUUAAUUUGAAAGGUAACUGGUUUACAGAUUUUCCACAUGUUGCCUUAUUUAAUAUCACUUCUCUUGAAAUCUUGAAUUUAUGUAACAAUCAGUUGCAAAGUUUAGAUUUUUUUAAAUUUGUGGGGUUGCAUAAUUUAAGAUCAUUAAAUUUAUGCCAUAAUCGCAUUUCUAUUUUAAAUGGCUUUACAUCUCCAUCGUUAAAAAAUUUGGUAACAUUAAAUUUGAGCAACAAUAUGAUAACCAUCCUUCCACCAAAUUUUCUUCAAUAUUCGGUAGGUUUAAAAGAGAUAGAUUUAUCGGAAAACUUAUUCAAAUACAUUCCUAGUAGCAGUCUAUCAGAGUCGCUCUUUCCUGCACUAACUACUUUAAAUGUAUCAUUUAACUCCAUAGAACAAUUACUUCAGACAUAUCCAAAUAAGCAGUUCCCAUUGUUAGAAGAGUUAAUUGUCACUAAUACAAAUUUGACAAUCAUAACUAGUAAGGACUUCGAAAAUUUUUCAUCUUUAAAAAAACUAAUAUUGUCACAUAAUUUGAUCACUAGACUAUCACCAGGUCCUUUUUUAAAACUACAUAGCCUUGAGUUAUUGGAUUUAAGUCACAAUCAAUUAGAAAACAUUCCAAGAGAAAGACUUCAAGGCUUAUAUACAGUACGUUUGGUCAAUAUUUCAAGAAACAUAAUUAGGGAUCUGGAAGAAUUUACGUCAGAUUUACAGAGCUUGCAAAUUCUGGAUCUAUCUUCUAAUCAUAUUACAAGGAUAACGAAAGACGUGUUUAGAAACCUCUAUAGCCUGACAGAACUAUACUUGAACGAUAAUUGGCUAUCAGUAAUAACAACAGGCGUGUUUGCUAAACUAAAAAAAAUUAAACACAUUGACUUGAGUCGAAAUUAUUUUGAAGUAAUACAGCUAAAAAUGCUCAUUGCUCUUGAAACUCAAAUCAAAACAAUCUUUUAUAACGAAAAUCCUCUAACUUGCAAUUGCGAAUCUCAGGAACUCUGGAAAUGGAUGCAAGAUCACCAUAAAAUUAUUUUAAAAGGAAGUAGUAACUUGCGUUGUGAAUAUCCGGAAGAACUGCAUGGAGUGAAUUUUUUGGAAGUAAAGUCUCAAAAGCUUUGCGAUGUACCAGUCGUAAUUCGAAUUGCCAUACAGGACAUUCAGACUUAUUCGGUUUUAGUUUCUUGGCAAAGCCGCAAUCAAACUGGUUUAAAUGGAUACCAAGUUGCUUAUUUUAGGGAACAGAUGCCAACGAUUGUUCGAGGAAAGUUUUUGAAUUCGACAGCAAGAACCACAAGAUUAAACCAUUUGACACCGGGAGCUAGAUAUACAAUUUGCGUCAUUGCCGUCGGUGAUUUUGACAGCACUCCAGGAUCUACAACACCUAAUGCCAGAAUAGCGCUAUCAGCAGGAAAUUCAGGAGUUAGCUUAUAUGGAGAUGAACAAAUAUUUAAUAAUCUGCGAUCUCAAAUGAAUGACUCUCAUACAAGUAAAUGUACAACUGUAAGUACAAUAGACAUGUUUAGUGCAGCGUUAGACAGUCCAUUUUCCAAUACUUAUAUGGGAAUUGCUGAAGCUUUGACAAGAAGACUAAGCUUGAUUGUGGGGUGUUGUAUAGGGCUUAUAGUUUUUAUUGUAUUAGUAUCGGCACUGGGAUAUAUGCAAACAAAAAAACGACCAGUAUUGCCGAAGAAUGACGUUCAAGAGCCGCCUCAGUAUAUAUCGUAUGACAAUUUUACAGCACCGGACGUUGAUAACCAGUCAACUGAUUUGGAUAUAAAUACUAUUUCUAAUAAAACCACACCUCCAUAAUUAUGAAGCCGAUAAAUAGAUUGAAUUUGAAAUAUAAUAUGAAAACAAUUCCUAAAUAUACAAGCUAUAAAUACCAACUCAAUUUGGGUAUAGUUAAAAGUCUUUAAAACUAAAUAUAACAACAUUGACAUUGAUCUUACCUUGUUUUAACUUGAUUUAAUUAGAAAAUGUGGCAACUUUUAAAAUUUAUGUAUUCAUGUAAAAAGUUCACAUGGGUAUUUAGGUUUUAAAGAUAAUUUUAAUAGGCUAAAUUUUGAUUGUUGUUUAUUGAUAAAAUGAAUUGUUAUAUUAAAAA